CAUCAGCAGCUGCAUCAACAUCACCCAUGGCGGACGCAGACUGGUCUGAUCUCCCGAAGGAGCUUCUGAAUAUGAUCUCAGAACGAAUCGACAUCGAAAUCGAUAUGAUUCGCUUUCGAUCGGUUUGUUCCAAUUGGCGUCGCUCUUCCUCCGUCCCAAAUCACCAUCUCAAUUUAACCAUCAAUUUUCCACUCCACAAAUCAUUAUCUAAUUCUACCAUCACUUCAUUCUGUUGCCUCUCCAAACGCAGUAUAUUCCUCAUAAAACCACAGCCACCACAAAAACAACAACAAACCCUAAUUCGUCCUUGGUUAGUUAGAAUAACACAAAACUCAAGUGGCAAAAAGAAACGCUUCGAUCCAUUCUUAUCCCAUCACUCAUCUUCAACCUCUUUUUAUUUGCCUCGCGCCAUUGAUUUCCACAAGCUCUCCGUCCUACAUUUAGGAGCCGAUUUCAUCACAAACGAACUCGCAUUCCACAUGCUGCUCCCUCAAAAGGUAAUUUCCAUUGGAAAACAUUCUCUCUUUCUUGGCAUAUUAAAAAAUUGUACCCCCCAGCUGGUGCUGUUCACUUGCGGCAAUCAGCCUUGGAAGUGGAUCCCUGAAAUAUCCACGACGUCUGGCGACAUCUGUGUGUUUAAAGGGCGGUUUUACGCAGCUGAUAAAUUUUGUAGGACAGUUAUGAUUGGGCCGGAUUCAACGGUUCAGAUGGUUGCUGAACAUGUGGUUCAUGGUGGGGAUAGAAAAUUGUUGGUGGAGAGUGACGGUGAGUUGUUGUUGGUGGACAUUUAUGAAAGUUUAGAUUUUGGUAUUAAUGUUUUCAGAUUUCAUGAGAAGGAGAAGAAAUGGGUGAAGUUGAUGAAUUUAGGGGAUAGGGUUUUGUUUUUGGGCGAAGGAUGUUCGUUUUCUGCAUCAGCUUCGGAUUUGUGUGUUUCCAAAGGGAAUUGCAUCGUCUUUAUCGAUGAUUCCGUCUCCGCUUAUUGGAUGCAAGGUGGGAAUGGUGUUUAUCAUUUGGAUCAAGGUCGGGUUUCGCCUGUGUCUCGUUAUCAUGAAUAUUUCAACUUGUUUUCGCCACCGGAUUGGAUCCUCGAGAGCUGAAAAAAGAAGUGGAAUUUCGGCUGCUGGAUAAGUGUAUGGUUGAUACUUCAACUCUCUUUUCAGCAAGUUGUGAUUAUUCAAGGUGUGUUAUUUUUCUAGGACGAAUGGAUCAGACAAUAUGCAAAUUUAAUAUUUUACUUUUAUGUCCGGACAAUAUGGAAGUGAUACUGCCAAGUUAUAGUUUCUAAUCGAUUUUUUAGUCUUAUUUAGUUCUCAAUGCACUUGUUGGACAUAUUGAAAAGAUUUCUAUA